GUCACUUUCCCAAUGGUCGUCAUGGUUUCCUGUGAUGGUAAGGAUGUGGUCGACUGCUAUGAAAAACCUGAAAGAGGAAGACUCGCAACACAAACAAAGGAUGGAGAUCUUAUCACUCUGCCUAAUGCUCUCCGCCUCGCUGAUUAUCACUCCCGACAGAUCUCAGUUCUUCCAGUAUGAAGAAAUCUGUCUGACGUGCGCUGCCAAUUCCAGCGGCUGGACGGUGAAAAGAAACACCUCCGCUAGGACUUCUCAGCUAUGUAUGUUUGGCUGGGGGAUCCCAGGCAAGUCGUCCUGCACCGUUGAGUCCGCCUUCCCAUCCGACACCGGAGUGUACUGGUGUGAGUCUCCGCAGGGAGAGUGCAGCAACACCGUCAGCAUCAGCGUGGCAGAAGGCGUUGUGAUCAUGGAGAGUCCUGCACUUCCUGUGACGGAGGGAGACCAAGUGACGCUCCGCUGCUCCUACAGAGAGAAAGACGAAGAGGAAUCUACAUCCGACUUCUCCGCCGCGUUCUUCAAAAACGACGUGUUCAUCGGCUCCGAGCCUGCGGGAGAGAUGAUCCUCCCAGCGGUGUCCAAAACUGACGAAGGCUUCUACAAGUGUCAACACCCAACGAAGGGAGAGUCCCCGCAGAGCUGGCUGGCUGUGAGAGCUCAGCCUGCAGAUGCUUUUCCUACUCCUUCUCCUCCUCCUCCGAUAAUGAUACUUCUGCCCCAGCUGCUGUGCUCCGUCCUGCUCUUCCUCUUCUACACAGCCAUCCUCAUACUGUGUAUCUACAAGUACCGGAAGUGGGCUCGAGCUUGAGCCGACAGAAAGAGGAGAGUUUCUCAUCGCUUCACGCAGGAAUAACGAGUUCUAUUUCCUGCUCGGUAACAGAAGAAAAAGAAGACAAAGAGCAAUUUGUCCCUGACAUUAUACAGCCUGUUUAUAAGCUGACCAAUAUCUCUGGAGAUACGACUAUAGGCUUUAUUUCUUAUUAUCCAUCCUAUGUUUAUCAUUGAGUAUUAUCUCAUUUUUUAUAAGCUAAUAUUGUGAUGCUUCCAGGAAAAUGAACACGUUCCAGGCCAUCUCCUGGUGUGCUUGUCAAUGUUGGGUUGUACCAUCAACCCAAGUUGGGUUAAAUUCAACGCAUAUUUGUUUGAUGUGUAAACCAGGGAAUUUUUUUAUGAACACACUUUAUUAAGCUACAAUAUAAAACAAACAAAUACAGACGUUAAUAAUUGAUAAGGCAACUUCUCAUCUCAAUACAUUUUUAUAAGCAUUGACAGCUCAACAUACACAACUUUGAAUCUUCAUGUCAUUUAACUGCAGGUAUACUUUUUUUUGUACCUACACAGCAUUUCAGAGACUCAUUCAAAUAUGUAUAGUCAAAUAAAAGUACCUUAAAGCAUGGUUUAGAUUUUUGGAGGACUUAUGAAUAUAUUUACCUAAUAAUAACAUAAGGUUAAUAUUUUUAUUUAUUUGUAGUUCCUCUUUGUAAUCAAAACCAGUGACGACACUCUUACAGUCGUCUUUAACAUGGAUCUUCGUUUUGCAUAGUAUAAAUUCUUACAAGUUUGACCAAAGCCUCUGGGAAUAAUAGCAGC